GGAUUUCUAUAUAAACUAAGAGUUUAAAAACCUAAGUAUGCAUGUAAUUAAACUUGUGAGAUUUACUCUAGUGGUUGGGUGCAUUCUGAUGAGCGGCGUGCAGUCAUAUGAAAACAGUGAAAGACCACUUAAUGCACAACUUCAAUAUGAAGAUGAACCGUAUUUUAAUUCGGUCGAUGCGGACGUAAAGUAUCCUGAAAAUUACUUGGAGGAAUUGGAAGAAGAUAUCUUGCAGCAGCAAAAACCUACAAGAUUUCUAAACAGAGACGGGGCUGUUAAAAAACGAAACCAUGCCGAAGGGACAAUGACGGAUCUUAAAGGACGUUACUACAGAUAUGGUCUUCACCAACUCCGUAAUGAUUGGAUUCAGGAUAUGAUCAAUGGACGCUACGGAAAACGAGUGAACACUCGGUCACCAGUUUAUGAUAGCGUUGCCUAUGCACCACCUUCAUCAAACGUCGAUCGAGAGUUGUCUGACUUAUCGGAGAGAUUCCGUAACUACCUGCAGUGGAAACAAGCUUAUGAAACCUUGAACAGGAUGUACCGAUCCAAAGAGGAACAGAAACCAGAGUCUUCUAAUUCGGAAUAGGAUGCCACAAAGCCGAUCUCUUUAUUCUUUGAUGAGUAAAAUUCAUCUGUAGAUAUAGUUCGCCAUGUAGUGUUGCUGGGACCUGUGCUUAUAUAUGCUGGUUCAUUAUCGUUGUUUCUGUCCUAUAACAUUGUUUGAAUAAACCAUGCCUGCGUGUAGUUGCAAUA